CCGCCCCGACCUGCCCGCUCCGACCUGGCGGUGGCUGCUGUACAAAGCCGAGGAUGCGCUAAACUCCGCCGGGCUCACUGUCUCCAGCGCUCAUCACAGGGUGUGGUGUCUAUCUGAAGAACAUUGUAUUUUAAAAGAAAAGAUGCUGUCUUCAAAUGAUAAAAAGUUAGGAAAACUGGAUCCAUUUUAUCCAUCUUUGGUAUCCAAGCCGAAGACCAGUGCAGAAAUCAUAAGUGAAGCACGAAAUGCAUUAAGAACAGUUAGAACCCAAAGACCAUUUACACCUCGGGAAGACCAAAGGAAGCUAUUUGGACCUGCAUCAUCAAGAACACCAGAAAAUAGGCCUCCUUCCUCCUUCAGCCUCCAUGCGUCCAGUUUUGAGUUAUCUGACUCCAGGCCUAUAUCUGGCACUCGUCUCAGUCCACUAGAUCUGAAACCGAAAGCUCCAGCAUCUCCCAGCGCAGAGGAGGAUCCUUGCUUUUCCUUUCCUAAACCCCCCGUGGACCCUGUGAAGAUUAGAAGAAUAAGCAGUGCCCGGGCGCGCUUAUUCAGGGCAGCCUCCCAGGGGGCUCUUCUGCCGGACAGAUCCUUUCCCGCCGAGUCAAAGAAGACCGUGGUAUCCAAAGAAAUGGUCAUGAUGGGGAACUCUAUGGUGGAAAUAAAUGGGACUUAUUUAAGAGAAUCAAACACUAUUGGCCAUUUGAAGAGCCAUCCUUUUCAACUAACUUAUGAUGGAGGCUUCAGAGAAAUCAAACAGCAAGAAGGGUUCAAAGGAACAACAUCCUUACCAUCUCGUCUCGGAAGUGGAGGGGACCAGGGGAAGAGGCGCGCCAGGGCUUCCUCUUGCCCUAGCAGCUCCGACCUGAGCAGGCUGGAAACCAAAGCAGUCUCAAAAGCCAACUUGCAAGAAAAGGAUACCGAAAUAGAAGUAGAUGAAGUCUUUUGGAAUACAAGGAUCGUACCAAUUUUGCAUGAAUUAGAAAAGGAAGAGAACAUUGAAACAGUUUGUGCUGCUUGCACACAACUUCAUCACGCUUUAGAAGAAGGAAACAUGCUUGGAAAUAAAUUUAAGAGAAGAAGUAUUCUCCUGAAGACUCUGUAUAAACUAGUUGAUGUUGGUUCAGACUUGCUCAGCCUUAAACUUGCAAAAAUUAUCCUUGCACUAAAAGUGAGUAGAAAGAAUCUACUUAAUGUCUGCAAACUUAUAUUUAAAAUUAGCAGGAAUGAGAAGAACGAUUCGCUGAUUCAAAAUGACAACAUCCUAGAAUCAUUAUUAGAGGUACUGAGAAGUGAAGAUCUGCAAACUAACAGUGAAGCUUUUUUAUACUGUAUGGGGACUAUUAAAUUCAUUUCCGGAAAUCCAAGAUUUCUUAAUGAAAUGAUCAGCAAAGGUGCUGUAGAAAUAUUGACAAAUUUGGUAAAGCAAAUAAAGGAGAACACCAAGAAAUGUGAGACGUGUUUGCCUAAUUCAGGCCACUUGUUAGUCCAGGCAACUGCUACAUUGAGAAACUUGGUUGAUUCACCGCUAGCAAGAAGUAAGUUCUUGAGCAUCAGCACCCUUCCCCAGCUCUGCACAGUGAUGGAGCGGUACAUGGAUGACAAGGACGUCUGUACCAAUAUUGCCAGAAUAUUCAGCAAACUAACUACUUAUCGUGAUAGCUGUGCAGCCUUGGCCAACUAUUCCAGAUGUUAUGCCUUAUUUUUGAAUCUGAUAAACAAAUACCAGAAUAAGCAGGAUCUAGUUAUUCGUAUUGUUUUUAUUCUUGGCAACCUGACAGCAAAGAAUAACCAGGCUCGGGAACACUUUUACAAAGAGAAAGGGAGCAUGGAGACACUGCUCUCAUUAUUCCAGACCUUCUACCAACUCGAUCUGCAUUCGCAGAGGCAGGCACCUCCAGGAGCCAAUAGGCCUGUCGCUCAGAGGCCACCAUCAGAGGUGGAGGACGUACUCAUCAAGCUGACCCGGGUGCUGGCCAACAUAGCCAUUCACCCAUGCAUUGGCCCUGCUCUGGCCACCAAUCCACAAGUCGUGGGCCUGCUGCUGACCACACUGGAAUACAAGUCCCUUGACGAGUGUGAGGAGCUGGUGAUCAAUACUACAGCAACAAUCAACAAUUUGUCUUUCUACCAAGUGAAGAAUUCCAUAAUCCAAGACAAAAAGCUAUCUAUUGCUCAAUUGCUCUUAAAGCUUCUUGUGAGUAACAACAUGGAUGGAAUCCUCGAAGCUGUGCGUGUUUUUGGAAAUCUCUCCCAAGACCACGACAUCUGUGAUUUCAUUGUGCAGAACAAUGUACAUAAAUUCAUGAUUGCGCUGCUGGACGCUAAGCAUCAGGACAUUUGUUUUUCUGCCUGUGGUGUUCUCCUCAAUCUCACUGUGGAUAAAGACAAGCGGGUCAUCCUCAAAGAGGGAGGCGGCAUUAAAAAGUUGGUGGAUUGUUUAAGAGAUUUUGGUCCUACUGAUUGGCAGCUGGCCUGCUUGGUUUGUAAAACUUUAUGGAACUUCAGUGAGAAUAUCACAAAGGCUUCAGCAUGCUUUGGAGAUGAAGACACCAACACACUCCUAGUCCUGUUGUCAUCAUUUUUAAAUGAAGAACUAGCACUGGAUGGCAGUUUUGACCAAGACCUAAAAAACUAUCACAAACUCCAUUGGGAAACAGAAUUCAAACCCGUGGCACAGCAGCUUCUAAACCGAAUUCAGAGUCACCACACCUUCCUGGAGCCCCUGCCUGUUCCCUCUUUCUAACACGACACAGAUUAACAAGAGAAAAACAGGAAGUCAGGUCUCCCUCAUUCUUAAGAAGUGGUAACAACUGUGAACAUUUUUCAGUAUUAACAAAUAUCGAAUGUUUUUUUAAAUACCAAUUUUAGUGAGUAGCCUGAACAUUUUAGAAAGAAAUAAGCAUUUCCUCUUGUUAGGUAUUAUAAAAAAAUUCAUAUACAUGUUAUAUUUUCUGCUAUGAGAAAUGUGAGAUGAAAAUAUAUGCAUUUUUAAGUAAAUAAUUUUUUCUUCUCUAUUAAAAAAUUUAGUGCUAGUCUUAAGAUCCCGAAUUCCAGUGCUCACCAGUUCAUUAAGUUAAAUGGACUAGGCAAUGGAGACUGUUAGAUUUUGUCUAUGAAAAGAAUAGUGGUCAACAUGAAUGGAACACAUUAUCAUAGAAAGUAUCUGUACUAAUUUCUUAGUAUGUCUAAAAAUAAAUUUUCUGAUUAGG